CAGGGUGCUGUGUACCUGGUACAUGUAGUACACAUAAAACUCCAUCGUAGUCGGUGCACGGACAAUUAUUUGUGUUACGCUGAUUGAAUGCGAUGCAUACUACAAUUUUGCGCGUCAUAUACAUAGUAUAGGAUCGAGAGUCGAGAGUGUCGAAUAUCAUGAUAGCUAGAUCAUCAGGAAUAUUACACACAAUUGGAGCUUCAUUGUCUACGUCGCGCAGAGUCGUUUACCAAUUAACAAACUCACAUUUUACAACAACCAUGUCGUCUGGUCAGAAAGAAGAGAAAAUGGCGCCAGUGCCAACGAAUGAGAAGGGUGAAUUUAAGGGCGCUACCACUGCUUUUCGCGACUGGAUCACUGCUGAUGGAAAAUUCCAGCCGGAGAAGGACCGCUAUCAUCUGUACGUCUCACUGGCUUGCCCCUGGGCUUCCCGUACUCUUAUCGCUCGUAAACUGAAGGGCUUGGAGGAUGCUGUUGGGAUUACGGUCGUCGAUUGGCUGAUGGCAGACAAGGGAUGGUUCUUCUCGGAUGAUAAACCGAAGACAACGCUCGAUUCUGUCAACAACUGCAAAAACAUGAGGGAGAUUUAUGAGCUUGCGAGCCCGGGUUACACGGGUCGUGUAUCAGUGCCCGUCCUGUGGGACAAAAAGAUCAAAACCAUCGUCAAUAAUGAAUCUGCCGAGAUCAUGCGGAUGCUCAACAGGGAAUUCAACGCCUUCUCAGCCACCAAGGACCAACAAGAAUUAGAUCUCUGCCCUGCGGAUCUGCUGAAAGAAAUCGACGAAGUCAACUCCUGGAUCUUUGACAACAUCAACAUAGGUGUGUACAAAUGUGGCUUUGCAACAACCCAGGAAGCCUACGACGAUGCCGCUCCUAAACUCUUUGCUGCCCUUGAUAGAGCCGAGGAGGUGCUAUCCAAAUCCCGUUACCUGUGUGGAAAUAGACUGACAGAAGCCGACAUCCGACUCUUCACUACCCUCAUAAGGUUCGAUACUGUCUACGCCCAUCAUUUCAAGUGCAACAAGAAGCGGAUCGUUGACUACCCGAAUCUCUGGGGCUUUACACGUGAUAUCUUCCAGACUCCAGGAGUAAGUGAGACUGUCGAUCAAGAGCACAUCCAGAAACAUUACCAGUUGAGCCAUGUACACAUCAACCCGCACCGCAUUGUGGCCAUUGGACCUGACCUGGACUUCGAUAGCCCACAUGGAAGGGACGUCAAAUUCCAGAAGUAGAUCUACUAAUUUACCUUCGGACUAGCUGCUCUACCUCAGCAUAAUCAUUUCAGACGUUAAAUUGUGGACUUGUCAUGAAUAUUUUAUUUUGGAUUGCGUUUAGAAAAUGUAGGUCAUGAAUGCAUGAAGGUAUAGAUUUUUUUUUAGAAUAGUCAUUGAAAAGAUAUUUAAAUUUGAAUGACUUUUAAGUGGUAAUGACUAAUGACUGUAUAAUUGAAGACAUGACUUCAAAAUAGUACCAGUGGCUUAUUUACUGGCAGAGUUAAUUGCUUGUAAUCUUUCCUUUUCUUGUUUAUAUAAAAUUGCGUUUUCCAAUUAGAUUUUUCUUGAAAAUGUAUAGGCAUUAAUAUAAGCUUCUAUUACAAUAAAAGUACCAACAACAAAAGAUUUUAAAAAAAUACAUUUUCUCAUAAAUGAUCAAGGAAAUUAGUAAACACAAUAUUGUAAACAGCCAGUCUUGAGUGUUUGUGCUUUAAUAUUAUUACAUAUUUUCAAAAAGUGUUUUGCUUAAAAAGUAAUUUUAAAUAUAUGUUAAUGAAUACAAAUCUGAAAAGAAUGUGAAACCUAUGGCCUAGAAAGAGUGACCAAGUUCGUAUUGGCAGCUGUUCUGGUCGUCUAUGUUUUGUCCAAAGAUAUACCUCUUGAAAGUUGCUAGGUGAUAUAUUGCGUAUGUUUUUCGUGUUAAUAUUCCAUUUUAUCUUCAAAUUUCAUGGGGAAGAUAUAACAAUUCAGAGUUUAAAGAGGAAAGAAAAGUCAGGUCGAUUGUAUUCUUUUGGGAAGUAUCGGGCUUGAUUAAUGAUGAUUCGUUAUAAAGAUAUUUGUUUCAGUAAAUCUUUUCAUUGCCAGUGAUUUAUAUUUAAUUUGAUGAAUGUCUUUAUAUAGUUAACCAUACACGACACCAAACAACCCUGCAUAAUAUAUUUCUUUGAAUACAUUUUACAUAAUAAUUCAUAGUGGUAUUUGUUAGUCUGUUCACACAGCAUAUCAAACCUUCACAAUUGUCUUUGUAAUAAACUUAACUUUAGUGUAAUUGAAAUGUGUUUAUAUCCAUGUAUGAUUAUUUAAUUAUACCAUAGCAUGUAGCAUGCCAUAGUAGCGCAUUUUCAUUUAUUCCUUAGUUGCAUGGGUUAUUUUGGUGUACGAUUGUAUUAUGCAAGCACUAAAUUUGAUUUUCUCUUUAACUGUCGCAUUUUCCACGUACAAUGUAUAUAUACAUUAUGCGUUUGAACUGCUUCUCACAAUGUAGGCCGACAAACUACUGUCGCCUCUCUUCAGGUCUGCAGACAAAAGAUUUAUGAAAUCGGAACCUUUUUAUAUCUUCAUGCUUGAAUUAUGUUGACCUCAGUUGGAUGUGCAUACAUGCAGUGUAAACAUGGUGAAAUAUCUGUGAUUCUUGAUAAUUGAUAUUUACACAAUGAUUGCAAUGAAUGUCAAUGAUCAGUAAUACAUUAUCUUUUUAAAAUCUGUAUUCAUUUUGUUCUCUAUAUUCAAAAGAAAUGCAAUCAGAUGCGUUGGAAGUUAUUCACAGUCUAAGCUUUGUCGAUGUAUUUGUUGAUGUAAUCGAAUGAUGUAUUAGAGGAAUAGUAGCCCAAAUAUUAUUGGAAUAAAUAUUUGUUAUUGAAUCUUAUUCAGAAUAUAUUGUAGCAUGGUGAAAUACACUGGGAUUAAAGAUGAGUGUGAACAUGCUGAGUAGUGCUUGAACUUGAAAGUAGCCGAGUUAAAAGAAUUAUGAGUCCUAGGGGAUAUUUGAUUGAUAAAUAAAUGGCUUUGGGAUAGACUAUGUAGCUAUAUGUAGGUGAAGGGACAAGGGAAAAAGGGUAGAGCAAUAGGUCGAGUGGGGUUAAGAACGAUAAAAAUAGCUUGGACAACAGAUUUGUUUUUGAUAGAAUUUAGUUAGGUGUUUGUGAAAAUGGUGAAUGAUAACAGAGUCGUUGUGUUAGUAGUUAAUUGAUACUCUAGAGCCUGAGCUGUCACUGGUAUCUCGAGAAUAUCCCAACGAGUGAAUCCAGCAUACCCACGCUAAAAAGUAUAAGGACUUCCCCUUCAUUUGACCAAUCAGGAAUAAAAACAGGUAAAAAGUUUGUAAGAGUUUUGGAAUAGAAAGUUUGGACCAAUGAAAUAAGUUUUAGCCCUGUCCAUUAAGAAGUCGACAGUGGUGGGAGAUCAGGUGACCAAAAAGUAUUAUGGGAUGGAAAAACAAAGGAAAUUAAUAAGGAAUUUGUUGGACUCGAGGUGCGAGCUAGAUGGCUGAACGGUGUGUUAAUUGAGUAUAAAAAGACCCAAUCCUCCCUUCCCUUCACACUUGCAUCCCUGGACCCCAAGCAUUUACCACCCCUCUCCUUUCACCCUAAGUUUAAUUCAGCCACCACAGACAUCUGGAGAUCCCCGACUUGUACUAAUUAAAGCUUCGUCCACGGAAUAUUUUGAAAGUUGCUGAACUUCAUCUUCUUGUCGCUGUUUGCUGACGGUGAUAGAAAGAGACUGAAACGACAAAUAGUAAUACUGCACCUCGCCCUUCUCCAGUAAAAAGAACACUUCCAACCCAGAAUAAUAGAAAGAGACAAAGGAGAACGCUGAUUUUGUGCUCGUAUUUGAGAAAGUCAACGAUUUCGACGUCACAAGGACCGGAGACGAGCACACACCUUUAAGACCCUCCGACGCCCCCAGGACAUCGAGAGGAAAUUUCAAGUCUGCUACGCCCCGACACGAGUGCGACGAGUCGAGAGACCGGAACAAGAAAGAGCUAAGUCAACCCGUCCCCC